AUGGAUGUCACGGCGCCGAACACUGUCGUCGGGGCACUUGACAGAAAGGCGCUAUAUUUGCUUUUGGUACAGCACUUCUCUAACUCCUGGGGCUCCCGGACAGCUGAAUUUGCCUUGUAUCUCUUCCUCGUCACCCUGUUCCCCGACACAUUGCUACCCGCCUCCAUCUUCGGAUUCCUCACGACCGGGACCGCUAUCGUUCUCUCGGGAUGGGCAGGGCACCAAGUUGACACAAGGAACAAUUUGAAGCUAGUGCGCACAUGCAUCGUUGUCAUUAAGCUCUCUGCUUGUGGAGCGUACGCAGGGUCGCUUGUCUUGCUGUAUCACCCGAGGUGGGGGCUCGAGAAUGAUCUGCGCACGCCGCUUGCAGCAGGUAUGUUUGCUGUCGUGAUUAUCUGUGGCUGCAUACAAAAUCUGGCUGGGGUGACCAUCUCCGUGGCCAUUGAGCGGGACUGGGUCACUGUCAUUGCCGAUGGUUCGUCUGCUCACCUAACGACCAUCAAUACCUACAUGCGACGUAUCGAUCUGCUGUGCAAGCUACUCGCACCGCUCUUCGUGUCUCUUCUGACAACUGCUGCAUCUUAUACGUUCGCUGCAUACUUCCUUUGCGGAGUAGAGAUAGUAUGUAUGAUAUUUGAGCUAGUCUGGAUUUCCAUCGUCUAUAGCCGCUUCCCAAUGCUCAAGGCCGCGCAGGCCGCGAAGACAGCAGCGAGACAGGAGAAUCGUCCCCCUCGUCGCGGAGACAGAAUACCCGCUUUGAUGAAUACAAUCGAACUCCACAUGAAGAACAGCCUUUCAGACUGGAAGGAAUUUUUCCACCAUCCCAUCUUCCUCUCGUCGCUCGCUAUCUCGUGUCUUUACUUCACUGUCCUGAGCUUCGACGGUACGAUGCUCAGCUACCUCAAGGCGGAAACGUACAGUGACCCCUUCAUCGCCGGCAUGCGUGGCCUGAAUGUUGUCGCGGGGCUUCUUGGGACGCUGACCAUGCCGGUCUUGGAGCGCAAGCUGGGUCUUAUUCGCGCAGGCCACUGGAGCAUCUGGUGGGAGGCAAUAUUUCUGGUUCCAGUUGUGAUUUCUUUUUACGUUGGUACCCCUCCUAUCAACGAGCGGGCGCCUGCCUGGAAUGCUGCUCUGCUCUUCGGAGGAAUGAUGCUGUCAAGAAUAGGUCUUUGGGCGUUUGACCUGUGCCAGCUCAAGGAGUUGCAACUGGCCCUGUCCACUCAUCCUCGCCGAAACGCUAUCUCGGCGCUCCAGUAUUCUCUGCAGAACGUUGCAGAUCUGCUCAAAUACGUCCUGACUAUGAUCUUGUCGCGGCCCUCGCAGUUCAAGAUCGCUGCAUUGGCGUCUUUCGUGAGCGUUGUUGCGGGCGCACUGACGUAUCUGGCCUACGUUCGAAGGGAGCGUGGCCACAUUUUGCACCACGGCUUGGAGGACUUGAUCCCCUUGCUCAAGAGGAAGUCGCGAUGA